AUGCACCACGACCCAUGCGCGCCUCUCCCGCCAGCCCGCUCGCAUCCCGCGCGCCCUGCGCGGGUCUCCAAUCUCUCCUCCGCGCUCCGCGCCGCUGCCCCCGCCACCGCUGAGUCGGCAGCUUUCGGUGCGGGAAGCGAGCCUGCAGGCGCAGGCGCGGCGGAAGCAGGUGGUAGCGCAGAGGUCGCGGAGGGAGGGUCGGGCGGGGGCGGGGGGGCGGGUCACGCGGGUCAAGGCGGAGUGGGCGGGUUUUCGGCGGAGUCGCAAGAUUUUUGGGUGGUGAAGCACGGGUGGGGUUUGCCUACGGGCGUGGCGCGGGGAUUAGGGUUUACGGCGGCGCAGGCGGAGGCGGCGGCGGCGACCGGCAGGGAGGUGGUGGCGCCGCGGGGCGCGGGCAAGAUGGCAGCUCCAGCGGCGAUGGCGCUGCAUUCCGCGGGGGCACACGGCGCGCCGCACAGCGCGCACACGCACGACGCGGCAGCGGCGGGGCUGACUAGCGGAGGCAGCGGCAGCGGUGGCGACGGGGAGUGGAGCGUGCUGAAGGAGUUCCGGCGGUGGCGCAAGGAGGAUCCGACGACGGCGGUGGCGGUGGCGGCGGUGAAGGCGCUGACGGCCGUGAUCGAGCGCAGCGAGGCGACGACGGUGAUGGGCCUCGAGGUGGAGCUGCGACGCGCGUGCGACGACCUCAAGCGCGAGAGCAGCGGGUGCAUAUCGCUGCGCGCGGCGUGCGACAUCUUCCUGUGCUUUGUGAGCCGCACGUCCGUGGAGGCGGACGACCUGCCCGCCGCCAGGGCGCGCCUCAUCGAGCGCGGCCAGCGCUUCAGCGGCAUCUCCCUCAACGCGCGGCGAACGAUAGCGAUGCUGGGGCAGGAGUUCAUCACGGACGGCUGUGUCAUCCUCACACACGGCUUCUCCCAGGUGGUGCUGGCUCUGCUGUCGGAGGCAGCUGCUCGCGGCAAGUUCUUCUCCGUCAUUGCCACCGAGGGCCGCAUGGAUGCAGCGGGGCAGCGCAUGGCAGCGCAGCUGCAGCGUGGUGGUGUCCCAGUGACCGUGGUGGUGGACGCAGCCAUGGGCGUGGCCAUGGAGCGGUGCGACAUGGUGCUGUGCGGUGCCGAGGGCGUGGUGGAGAGUGGCGGGGUGCUGUCGGCGGUGGGCGUGUUCCCCCUGGCCAUGGUGGCCAAGGCCAUGGGCAAGCCCUUCUAUGUCGCCGCUGAGAGCUACAAGUUUGCGCGCAUGUUUCCGCUGGAUCAGAACGACUGGGAGCAAGGCAUCAGCGCACCGCCCUCCGUCACUCGCCCUCCAACCUCCCUCUCUGCUGCUGCUGACUCAGCAGCAGCAGCAGGCGUGGUGGGGGCAGAAGCAGCGCCGGUGGGGCCGAAGAGGGAGUAUGCGCCACCGCACGUGCUGACGCUGCUGUUCACGGACCUGGGCGUGCUCACCCCCGCGGCUGUCAGUGACGAGCUCAUCCAGCUCUACCUUUAA